AUGUCAUUGUCUGUAUUUAAAAGGCUUGGUUUGGGGGAAGCUAGACCCACUACUGUUACUCUUCAACAGGUUGACCGUUCAUUAACACACCCCAGAGGUAUUAUAGAGGACGUUCUAGUAAAAGUAGAUAAGUUCAUUUUCCCAGCGGAUUUCAUUGUUUUAGAUAUGGAGGAAGAUGAGGACGUGCUUAUUACAUUGGGACGACCAUUUUUGGCCACGGGGCAAGCGUUGAUAGACGUUCAGAAGGGAGAGUUAAGGCUUAGAGUACAAGGUGAUGAGGAAGUUCCAGUUGAAGGAGCUACCAAGUCUGUGAGGGAUAAGUAUGAGUGUUGGCAAGCAGCUAACAAUAAGGUGCGGAAGUUGAACUGCAUAGAGCAACAAUAG